CUUGACUUUCUGCCACCCCUCUGACAACUUGUUCCUGUCUAAUAACAAUAGAGAUACAUUAGAGCGGACUGUACUUUUGGUGGAUGUCCACCACCACUCACUUAUCAUGGACGUCCAACUCUACGUUUAUGACUUAUCUCAGGGCAUGGCCCGACAAUUCUCUCAAGCACUGACUGGAGUUCAAAUCGACGCCAUCUAUCACACUUCGAUAGUGUAUAACAAUGUCGAAUAUUUCUUUGGCCAAGGCAUCCACCGCAAGAUCCCCGGCUCAACCCAUCAUGGCUCACCCAUGAAAAUCAUCAGCAUGGGGUCAACUCAAUUACCGCCAGAUGUUAUUGACGAAUAUGUCGCUUCUCUGGAAUCCAUCUACACUCCGGAGUCGUACGAUCUCUUUGUCCAUAACUGCAACAACUUCAGCCAGGAUCUGGCCAUGUUUCUCACGGGCAAGAGCAUCCCUGAGGAGAUUUCCAGUCUACCAGAGACCUUUCUUAGGACCCCUAUGGGCCAAAUGUUGAGAGGCCAGAUAGACCAGUCAAUGAGAUCUAUGACGCAGGCCCCCGAUGCCGUGUCAGGGAGGGAUGCUGUCAGGAAGCCUCCGUCGACUUCACCUGCACCAACCAACGGAUAUCCUAAACCUUCAACAUCCUCCACCACGUCUCUUAAAGCCUCGUCUUCCUCGGCCAUUAUCAACAGCCAACCAAAGCCCACCACACAUGGACGUGUGUACAAUAUCACCACACCUUCCGAACUCGAUACUCUCCUCGCCACUGCUCGCGACUCUUGCGCUGUCAUCUUCUUCACCUCAGCGACCUGUCCACCGUGUAAGAUUGCAUAUCCAACAUACGACGAACUUGCUGGUGAAGCGGGUGAACUCCCCUCGGCACGUUUAAUCAAGAUCGAUAUCUCGGCCUCCCACGCCGCUCAAUCUGUUGCCCAACGAUAUCAAAUCCGAGCCACACCAACAUUUGUGACGUUUCUCAAAGGCAAAAAACAAGAUGAGUGGUCUGGUGCUAAUCCAUCACAACUACGCGGAAAUGUUCGAUUAUUAUUCGAAAUGGCGAAGCCGCCACAACAUCAGCAUGCCAAAUUGAAACUUCCUUCAUUCCAGCGCUUCAUCGAGCGACCAAUGCUAUAUACACGCACCCCACCGUUGGAGAAGCUACUGGCCAAGACUGGCGCGGAAUUCUCUUCCCAUCCUUCAGUGCAGGAAAUAGUGGCUCACAUCAAAGCUCGUGAUGCAAAGGGGUCGAAUGAGGCACCAUUGCCGAACCUCCAUCAAUUUAGUCAUUACCUUGCAUCGAGCUUCGCGUCAUUACCUGCAGACUCGCAUUUUGCAGUCGUUGAUCUCGUACGUGUCGCCGCCUUGGAUCCUCGCGUCUCGAGUUUCCUCAUCACGGACGAAAGACAAACGAUUUUGAAUACAUUGUUUCCCAAGUUCGAUCAGCAGGAUGGAAACUUCACAGAUGCCAAGUUCAACAUCCAAUCUGUCACGAUACAGCUGGCAUGCAACCUCUUCAGCUCGAUUGUAUUCCAGGAGCAAAUGUAUCGAUCUCACAGCGCUAACGGGGCCAUCUCUGGUGCAAGUCAACUCCGAGAGACAAUUGAGACUUUGGCUGCACAAUGUCUUCUUUCGCCUCAUGCGAACGCAAGGUCUAUGGCGGCUGCUCUCGUGUACAAUCUCGGAGCUUAUUCACAUAAUCAAAAAGUCAACCCUUCUCAAAGUCAGGGUGAUGACCCUGAGUCUAGUCUGGGAGUCAGCGAUGAUGUCGCAGCGGCAUUGAUCGAGUCGAUUAGUUCAUUGGGUGGCAUUGUUUCUGCUUCGAGUGCAGGCACGAAUGUGAACGGCAAGGAGACACUACACGCGCUACUGCUCGCUCUAGGCGUGUUGCUGUACGGCGCUCCUGCAGAUGAUAUGCUUUGGGAUCUGUGUCGUGCGAUGGAGGUCAGAGAGUGUUUGGCUCAAAUGGCGAAGAAUCCAUUAUUCAAGGGAGAGAGCUUGUUGAAGGAAGUGGGUGAGGAGUUGCUGGGUAAAGGGGCAUUUUAGUCUUCUGGGUUUGAUUGUGUGACGGAGUUGGUGAAUUCUUUGGGCAAUCAAUGAAUAGAUGAAGAUAUGUAGAGAGGGAAAGACAGCGCUGGCGUAAGGGGUGGCAUUGCACAUGUAAACUGGGUAGAACCAUGCAACUAGCAAGACGUCUCGACAUUGAUCGUUUCAGACCAGAUGCCUGAUCGUGACAAUUACGAAAAUUAACAAGAGAA